UACAUUCGAACCCGGGGAAGCUCGAGCCCAGACUUAUCCAUAAGUUUCAAGCACAGGCAGGCAUACAGCGUGUGCGUCUAUAUUCGCGCUCUGUCCUUGGCCAUUACAACUACCAGUAACAACGCCAUUGCCAAUUCCAAUGGCGUUGCCAAACCCCUCCCUUCUAUCAUCUUCCUCCCUCUACAGACUCAAUCCUCUUCUCUUCUCUCAACGUCGUCGUAGCAUCACACUCUCCUCACUCCAUUUCACUUCCCUCAAACCAAGGCUUUUCACAGCUUCCGCUUCUUCGGAGAGCGAUGUGUUUACUUCUCCGGAGGUCUCUAAAUCGUUCGAUUUCACUAAUGAAGAACGAAUAUACAACUGGUGGGAAUCUCAAGGUUAUUUCAAGCCAAACUUUGACAGAGAAAGUGAUCCCUUUGUGGUCCCAAUGCCACCUCCUAAUGUCACUGGUUCAUUGCACAUGGGGCAUGCUAUGUUUGUGACUCUAGAGGAUAUCAUGGUUAGAUACCAUCGUAUGAAGGGCAAGCCUACACUUUGGCUUCCUGGAACUGAUCAUGCUGGCAUUGCAACUCAGUUGGUUGUGGAAAGAAUGUUGGCUUCUGAAGGAAUAAAAAGAUCUGAGCUUGGCAGAGACGAGUUCACAAAGCGAGUUUGGGAGUGGAAGGAGAAGUAUGGUGGAACUAUCACAAACCAAAUAAAGAGACUCGGUGCUUCUUGUGAUUGGACUAAAGAACGUUUCACGCUUGAUGAGCAACUAAGUCGAGCUGUAAUUGAGGCUUUCAUUAGGCUGCACGAGAAAGACCUUAUCUAUCAAGGAUCCUACAUGGUCAAUUGGUCUCCUAACUUACAGACUGCUGUCUCUGACUUGGAAGUUGAAUAUUCUGAAGAACCUGGCUUUUUGUAUUAUAUCAAGUAUCGCGUUGCUGGAGGUUCAAGGAGCGAUUUUCUGACAAUUGCAACAACGCGUCCAGAGACUUUAUUUGGUGAUACUGCUCUGGCAGUGCAUCCUGAGGAUGAACGCUAUUCUAAAUACGUAGGAAUGAACGCUAUUGUUCCCCAGACAUAUGGACGUCAUAUACCUAUCAUCUCUGACAAGUAUGUUGAUAAAGAAUUUGGCACUGGAGUAUUAAAGAUAAGCCCUGGCCAUGAUCACAAUGACUACCUUCUUGCUCGAAAACUUGGUCUGCCAAUACUCAAUGUAAUGAACAAAGAUGGGACGCUUAAUGAUGUUGCUGGGCUGUACAGUGGUCUCGAUCGAUUUGAAGUGAGGGAAAAACUCUGGAAAGAUCUGGAGGAGAUAGACUUAGCAGUUGAAAAAAAGCCUUAUACUUUGCGAGUUCCUAGAUCCCAACGCGGUGGAGAAAUAAUUGAGCCUUUGGUGAGCAAGCAAUGGUUUGUAACCAUGGAGCCUUUGGCUGAGAAAGCCCUCAAGGCAGUUGAAAAAGGAGAACUAAACAUCAUGCCUGAUAGAUUUGAGAAGAUAUAUAAUCACUGGCUUACAAAUAUCAAGGAUUGGUGUAUAAGUCGGCAGCUGUGGUGGGGACAUCGCAUACCAGUUUGGUACAUUGUGGGCAAAGAUUGUGAAGAAGAGUAUAUAGUUGCUAGAAGUUCAGAUGAAGCUAUUACUAAAGCUCGUGAGAAGUAUGGAAAAAAUGUUGAAAUAUAUCAGGACCCAGAUGUCCUUGACACUUGGUUUUCGAGUUCUCUUUGGCCAUUUAGUACUUUGGGAUGGCCUGACGUUUCAGCUGAAGAUUUCAAGCGGUUUUAUCCAACAUCAAUGCUUGAAACAGGGCAUGACAUCUUGUUCUUCUGGGUGGCACGUAUGGUGAUGAUGGGAAUUGAGUUGACUGGGAAGGUUCCAUUUUCAAAUAUAUAUCUUCAUGGACUUAUCAGGGAUUCUCAAGGGAGGAAAAUGUCCAAAACAUUAGGCAAUGUUGUGGAUCCCAUUGGUACAAUGCAAGAAUUUGGCACAGACGCGCUAAGAUUCACACUUGCUCUAGGAACUGCUGGUCAGGAUCUUAAUUUGUCAACUGAGAGAUUGACCUCCAACAAAGCAUUCACAAAUAAAUUAUGGAAUGCAGGCAAAUUUGUGCUGCAAAAUUUGCCUAAACAAAACGAUACAUCUGCUCUUAGCACUAUGCUAGUCUAUGAGUUUAAUAAGGAUGAAUGUCUGCUUACUCUACCCUUACCAGAGUGUUGGGUGGUCUCUAAACUUCAUAUACUUGUUGACACGGUUACCACAAGUUAUGACAAGUUCUUCUUUGGAGAUGUUGGAAGGGAAAUAUAUGAUUUCUUUUGGAGCGACUUUGCUGAUUGGUAUAUUGAAACAAGUAAAGCUCGCUUGUACAAUUCUGAUGGUGGGGCAGUGUCAUCUGUAGCGCAGGCAGUUCUCUUGUAUGUUUUUGAGAACAUAUUGAAAAUGCUACAUCCAUUCAUGCCAUAUGUUACUGAAGAGUUGUGGCAGGCUCUACCCAAUCGGACGGAAGCUCUUAUAGUUUCAAGCUGGCCACAGACUUCACUUCCAAGGCAUACCAACUCCAUCAAAAGAUUUGAAAACUUCCAAGCACUGACCAGAGCAAUUAGAAAUGCUCGAGCCGAAUACUCUGUUGAGCCAGCAAAGCGCAUAUCUGCAUCCAUAGUUGCGAACUCUGAAGUCACUCAAUAUAUCUCUAAAGAGAAAGAAGUUCUAGCUCUUCUCUCCAGACUAGAUCUGCAAAGCAUUCACUUCACAGACUCUCCUCCAAAUGAUGCAAAUCAAUCUGUCCAUCUUGUUGCUGGUGAGGGACUGGAAGCAUAUCUUCCUCUUGCCGAUAUGGUAGAUAUCACUGCAGAAGUUCAGCGUCUUUCUAAGCGCAUAAAUAAGAUGCAAAAAGAGUAUGAUGGGCUUGUGGCACGUUUAAGUUCUCCUGAAUUCAUAGAGAAAGCUCCUAGAGAAAUUAUUGAUGGCAUUAAAGAAAAAGCAUCAGAAGCAGAAGAGAAGUUAACUCUUACCAAGAACCGGCUGACGUUCCUCGAAUCAACAACUGUGGUUGCUGGUAGUAUUCACCCAGCCUAGCGAAAGGUCUUGUGUUCUUGCCAGUUUUGUGAGGAGGAAGGUGGAACAUUUGUGGAAUUUGUGUUCUUUCCAGUUGCAAAAGGUUAGAAACUCGCGGGGUUUGAUGUUUAUAGAGGGAGUAUAGUAAUACGGUAUACUGAAUACUGUGGUCACAGCUCCGUAUGGACUAUGCUCAUUUAAAAGAAAAGAGCUGCCUGCAGACAUCUGGAAUUGGUUGAUCAUUUGUUUGUUGGGCUGUGAAAGUGGGCUAAUAUACGUUUGCUGAGAACUUAGGGUUAUACCAUCAUUAAAUGUGUACAUUUUUGUAGAUAUAGGCAAAAGGACAGUGAAAUGUUAGAAUGUUUGAUUUUUUGCUUUGUAGUGAAGAACACUGGGCCUAUGAGCAGGAUGUUUAGUAUGGCUGACGCUUUUAGUGUUA